AUUUUGUUGUCAGGACGUCGCUUCAUGUACGCGCCGCAAUACAAUAAAUCUCGUGUGAAGUGAGUGCGGACUGAAGCGGGCAGAAGGAGGAAGUUACCUUUUGUCAGCUGAGCCCAGAUCGUGUUAUAACCUGACAGCUUGUGUUUCAGCGACAUGGCGAAAAGUGCUGCUGCUCAAGUCAACUUCAGUCCACACAACGGCUUCAAGAAGAGCGACGACGGUGUCAGGAGAAAUGGAUACCACAGCGACACCGAGAAAAACGGCAGAGGGACUGGAGUUGCCUCGAGGCAGCACAGACAUGAGUCCUUUGAACAGGCUCCCAUGUACGUGGCUGUCAUGACAUACCUGGGCUUUGGCAUUGUCACUCUCUUUGGCUACCUCAGAGAUUUCCUCAGAGCUGUUGGCUUAGAGAAGUGCCAUGUUGCAGAGGAAAGACAAGAACAGAAGGAUUUUGUUCCUCUCUAUCAAGAUUUUGAGAAUUUUUAUACUCGGAACCUGUACAUGAGGGUGAGAGACAACUGGAACCGUCCAGUAUGCAGCCUUCCAGGGCCUGUGUUUGACCUAAUGGAGAGGGUUUCGGAUGAUUAUAACUGGACAUUCAGAUUGACUGGGAAAACCAUAAAGGAUGUCAUCAACAUGGGAUCUUAUAACUACCUUGGUUUUGCUGAGAACAACCCUGAUUUCCUGAAGACUGUGGCAAACAACACACAACAGUAUGGGCUUGGCGUGUGCAGCACGAGGCAGGAAAUGGGCAAUUAUCACAUCCACCAAGAGCUGGAGCAACUUGUGGCUAAUUUCCUUGGUGUGGAAUCUUCUAUGACAUUUGGAAUGGGUUUCGCCACCAACUCUAUGAACAUCCCAGCACUUGUUGGCAAGGGUUGUUUGAUACUGAGCGAUGAACUGAACCACACGUCUCUCAUCUUAGGGGCCAGACUGUCAGGAGCAACCAUCCGUGUAUUCAAACAACACAACAUGCACAGCCUGGAGAAGAUGCUGAGAGAUGCCAUUUGCUCGGGUCAGCCUCGGACCCACCGACCCUGGAGGAAAAUCCUCAUCAUGGUGGAAGGCAUCUACAGCAUGGAGGGCUCAGUGGUACGACUGCCUGAGAUCAUUGCUCUGAAGAAGAAGUAUAAAGCAUAUCUGUACCUGGAUGAGGCCCACAGCAUUGGAGCGGUGGGCUCGUCGGGGAGGGGUGUGACUGAGCUGUUUGAUGUGAACCCAGCUGAUGUGGACGUGAUGAUGGGCACCUUCACAAAGAGCUUUGGGGCUGCUGGAGGCUAUAUCGCAGGAAAAAAGGAGCUGGUGGACUACUUGCGUUCUCAUUCACACAGUGCAGUGUACGCCACGGCUAUGUCCCCGCCCGUCGCCGAGCAGAUCAUGCGUGCAAUGAAGUGCAUCAUGGGAGUAGAAGGAAGCACAGAAGGGAUUAGACGGAUCCACCAACUGGCAGACAACACCAGGUACUUCAGAGCCAGGCUGAAGGAGAUGGGCUUCAUCAUUUAUGGCAACGAUGACUCCCCUGUGGUUCCAAUCCUCCUCUACAUGCCAGGGAAAGUGGUGGCUUUUGCUCGAGAAAUGCUAGCAAGGAAAAUUGGUGUGGUAGUCGUUGGCUUUCCAGCAACGCCGAUCACAGAGGCCCGAGCUCGCUUCUGCCUGUCCGCGGCACACUCGCGAGAACUGUUGGACCAGGUGCUGCACCAUCUGAAUGAGGUGGGAGACUUGCUGUGUCUGAAGUUCUCACGGCGAAAGUAUUCCUCUUGGCCUGACCUCUAUGAUGAGACAGACUUUGAGAUUGACAGCUAGAAUGACCUUGGACACCUUCACUUUAGUGUCAAAACUAAGCAUCCACGUGGUGGAGAGAACCAGCGACGUCUCACAGCUCGGGCCAAAUCUUUGGCAGCUGCUUUUUUAUGUUUGUAAGGAUUGUGAUGUAAUGAAACACUUAUUUCUGAUUUUAACAGGAGAAAUGUAAAUGUGAAAAGCUUUAUUUUUUCAGUAUAUAGUUUAAAAUUCUUGCUGAGCCUUUAAUAAUUUGUCUUCUUCAAGUUGUCAGAUAUAUGCUGAGACAAUCUGUUGUACAUUAAAUCCCCUUCUCGUUCUCA